UGGAAGUUACCUAGCUGCCGAGCUGUUCAACUGUUUUACAGUACAGUAUCCUUCAAUGUCUAUUGGACCCACUAUUGCUGCGAGAGUGGGAGGACUAGCUUGCUCCUGAUCCACGAAAUUUACAUUUUACAUUUACAUUAGCAAUCCAGUCAGCUAGGUAUAUAACUAAUGUGUGCGUCGAAAUUACCAAAGACCGUUUUAUUUUAUCUACGGAAGAAAUUGCGUUUAGUAAGAUAUACUGGUAUAAGUGAAACUGCGACAUUCUUUCUUCUAAAAUACAAAAAGGACAACCGUAGGCUGUGAAAGGGACGAGACGGGACGAAGAGACACCAACAACCAGUCACUCAACCAAUUCAGCCCGGUGUCUUGGCCUUGUCAUCGGCGACGAUUUGGAAUAGUAACCAAUGUGAUUGGCUUGUAAAAGAUGAGAAGCAACCAGCCCAAAAACAGGACUACCAGUAGGUAUGCAGAGGACUUAAUAAACAUUGUUGAGUUCUGCACUUGAAUCACAACAUGAGUGAAGUCCAGGCAACUGUGGAGUUUUCUCUGGAGCUCCUUAAGUUCUACAAUGUAGACCUGUUUCAGAGAGGGUUUUAUCAGAUCCGCGCCAGCAUGAAAGUCCCAACACGAGUCCCUCACAAGCUUGAGGCCAGCCUUCUGCACCCUGCAGGGUCAGAUCUUGCUUCUUCUGCGACAGUCCACAAUGGUACCAUCUGCAGUAAAACAUUUCAGAUCCUUUAUAAGAAUGAAGAAAUUGUUAUCAAUGAUGUCUCUAUAUUCAAAGUAAAGUUGCUACUUGAUGAAAAGAAGGUUGAACAUUUGCUCAAUGAAAUGGACUUUCAGCUUUCUUUAGAUUUGCACUUCACAGAUGGGGAUUAUUCGCCAGAGGAUCUAAGCUCCAUGCCAAUGAUCAGUAGCCGCACCCUUCGAUUGCACUUUAACCUGUACCGCGGUGUCCAUCAACAUGUCAACGUCAUGUUUGAUUACUUUCACCUGUCAGUCAUCUCUGUGACUGUGCACGGCUCCUUGGUUGCUCUACAUCAGCCACUGAUAAGCUUCCCCCGGCCAGUGAAAAGUACCUGGCUGAACCGAAGUGCUCCGUCACAGACCAAAGAAUCUGUCGUCCCUGCCCUGGAGAGUGUGGUGUUCGGCAGUAGCUACCUUAAACAGCUCUCUUCAGAUGACACCAAGACUGUCAUGGUACUGUCUAAUUACCAUGAUCCCACUGAGAAAGGGUCAGUGAAGAGAAGGAAGCAAGAGUGCCACCAGACCGUGGUUGUAGUGCCAGCAUGCCUUUCCGACUACCAGAAACACAUGAAGGGUGUGGAUUUGCUGGAUCAGAUGGGCAAGACAUGCAUUGUAUCAGAGCAAUGCUUACAACAUGCCUAUAGUCUACACUACAGCCUGUGUGCUAUUCUCCUGCUGGUCUACCAGGGCCUCUCCAGCUACUUCAUUGCAAUAACCAAGGACCUCUCCUCCUCAUUCAAAAUGGAGCUAGCCAAGCCCAGCAUGCAAGUCCUUUAUGAGCAAGUACUCAGAAGACCCUAUCCUCGAGGCCAGAGACACAUCUGCAUAGAGGAACUAGAUGUGGAAGCCCGACUCUCUGAGCUGUGUCAUCAAGUAAAGCAGGCAAAGAACCCUGAGGAGCUUGCAGAGCUCGUGAACAUGAACUUGGCACUGCUCUGCUCCCUGCUGAUGGCCCUGUGGGGGCAGUUCCUGGAAGUGGUGUCCCUGCAUGACGAAAUUACCACCAUUCUGGCCCGGGAGCACCACAUGCUUCGAGUAAGAAGAUUUGCAGAAGCUUUCUUUUGUCUUGAACAUCCAAGACAAACAGCUCUGGCAUAUCAAGAACUACAUGCUCAAAGCCACCUGCAGAUGACCACAGCAAUCAAAAGCUCAGCUUACUUCUUGUCCUUACCUCCACUGCCUGUGGAGUGUGCUGACCUUGAUGGAGACAUCAGCUCUUUGCCAGUCAUCUUUGAAGACAGGUACCUGGAGUCCAUUACAGAAGACCAUGAUGUACCAUGGCUUGGGGUCCACCACACAAGGAGCGGCUCCAUCUCUAACAGAGUUGAGAAAUCUGACCUGCAAUGCAAUGCCAUGGGCUACCCCAGCCCUGACCCCAAACUCCGCCAGUUAGUAAUGCCAGCUGCUUCGUCUGGGGAGGAGGAGAAGCUACUUAAGCCCCAAAAGGGCAAACCAGAGGACUCCUUCAAGUUCAAAGGCAAAUCUGUCAAACUAAGGAAGAACAUGAAGACAGAUAAUUCCAAGAAACUAAUCAAACAGAGUUCCAAGGACUCAGUGGUCCUUGUAGGCUUCAAGUGCCUAAAGGUAUCCCCUGCUGAAAACAGUGGCAAAUACAAAGAUGAUGACAUACCAGGGAACCAAAAAGAGGAAUGUGAGGCUCUCCUGGGGGACUUCAGCAGUGACUCAAAGACUUCGACAAAGCAGUUAAUUGAGAUGGAUAUUCAGCCAUCAAUUGCUGGUCAAAAUGUUCAUGAACUGAUCAAAAGUGACUAUGAAACCAGUACUGUGAGCCAGGAAAGUGGGACUAUCAUGAGUUUUGAUGCAAAGAAUAAGCCCCAGAUAAGCACUGGAGCUACAGCUACAGAAUGCAAAGCAAUCCAAUCUGAGUUUCCUUGUGAGCAACCUUGCAGCCAAAAUCUGGUCCAGGCACCUCAAGUUAGGCAAAUUGAAGUGAAGUCAAGCAACAAAAAUCCACACCAGGGGGAGAAAGUGACUGUUAUUAUGCCUGUUCAGGCUAAUACAAACAUCCAAGGGAAUGUCCCUGAGGUCACUCAGACAGACUACACAGGAUCAAUGUCCUUGAAUAGUGAUUUUGUCUUUGGGACGGCUAUAGGCCACAAAUCUCAGGAUACUUCGCCAGGGAACAGCCAGGAGGGUGUGUCCACAAAGGAGAUCCACCUACUGGUGGGGGGUGACUGCAUCAAGUUAACAGACAAUGGGGGACUCUGUGCCUCAUCACGCCUUUCAGACUCUGGGAUUGAGAGUGAACCCAGCUCUGGGUGGGUUGUGGAUGAACGGGGUCCCCAGACACUGUCCAGAGCCCCUGGGCCCUCCCAGCUGCUUAAACCAGAAUCCUCAGUGAGGAGCAGUGGAGCAGAGGGUUUUUGCACUGAGAGUACUAGUGCGGUCAGCGGUAUCCAGUCCUCCCUCACCUCUAUCAACUCCUUACCAUCUGAUGAUAAUGGUGAGGAUGGCUCAGGGGGAUCUGUCACACCUGAGGGCCAUUCUUCAUCAGAUGGACCAAAAGGAAACAUUGCUAGGCAGGAUCUGGGCAGGAAGUCCAGCAUCCUGGUUCAAGAGCAGACUGUGGUGUUCUCUGGGAGCAUGGAUGUUAUUGCCAGUGCUAACAUUAACACAGUCAGCACUUCAGCCACAAUCAGUCCCUUUUCAAAUAUUACAGCCACAGCUUCCGAAAUUUGCACUGAUGAACAUGGGUACACGGCAUCUAAUCAAGGGACCCAACCAACAGCCCACCCUGGAAGAGGCCCCAUAUUACAGGUUGCUGCUUUAGACUCUGGUGACCCAAGUUCUACUGUAACUCUCCUAGAAUACCCUACUGAACUUCAAUAUGAGGACAGUGAGGGAAAAGGUAUUGAUAAAAGUUUUGCAGCGGUUAACCAAGAUGCUGUAGACUCCAAAUCCCAGGAAGACCCUCCCAGGGAAUCUCAGGCAGCAUAUCUUUCAGCCACAAGCAGCACCGACGUUGUCAGGCAGGGCCUUGUAGAGAAUUACUUUGCUUCACAUUCCAGCAAUGACAUCUCUGAGAUCAGCCCAGGUGAGACAGCUGUAGUUACCCUGGAUCAAAGAAUAACAGAGGAAGAGGAGGAGCCAGAACACGAGAUGAUUGAGAAUGGCUACUAUGAGGAAGGGAGUGACCUGUCUUAUAUGAAUGGAAUUGAAGUGGCAGAAUAUAGCUACUGUGAUGAGGUUGGUGAGGUUGAGGAGCGAAGCUCACAUUCAGCGCAGCUAAGUAUAGAGCCUUUCCGUGAAGCAGGAAGCCUACCAGGUGUCUGCACUCCCAGCUGCCUGUCCUUCACCUCUGCUGUGCGGGACUCCCCCUGCAGCUUGGGCUGCUCUCGGGGCAAGGUGGACACUGUCACCAAACAGCCCUGCCAUGCCCCCUUCCCCUCUUCUUCCAACUCUUUGCAAUGGUAUGAGAGUGCCCCCACAGCCCAGAUGAAUGCUUUUGUUCAGGCUAAGGAGGAGUUGAAGCAGCUGAAGUUACCAGGUUUUGUGUAUAGUGAAGUACCAGACCUGGCCUCCAGCAUCCCUUACUUCAGCAUGGAGGAAGAUGAGAGAUCAGAGGAGGGCAUCCACCUCAUAGUUUGUGUCCACGGCCUUGACGGUAACAGUGCUGACUUGCGACUGGUGAAGACCUACCUGGAGCUGGGGUUACCAGGAGUUCGCAUUGAUUUCCUCAUGUCAGAGCGUAACCAGAAUGAUACCUUUGCUGAUUUUGAGUCAAUGACAGACCGUCUGUUGGAUGAAAUAGUGCAGUACAUUCAGAUUUACAAUCUUGCCAUCUCAAAAAUAAGCUUUGUAGGACAUUCCCUGGGGAACUUGAUCAUCCGCUCAGUGUUGACAAGGCCCAGGUUCAAGUACUAUCUAAACAAGCUGCAUACCUUCCUGUCCUUGUCCGGGCCACACCUGGGGACCCUUUACAACAGCUCUGCUCUGGUCAACACAGGCCUUUGGUUCAUGCAGAAGUGGAAGAAGUCUGGCUCCUUGUUGCAGCUCACUUGUCGUGAUCACCCUGACCCUCGUCAAACCUUCCUGUACAAGCUGAGUAAAAAAUCAGGCCUUCAGUUCUUCAAGAAUGUCGUGCUGGUGGGCUCACUGCAGGACCGCUAUGUCCCUUACCACUCUGCUCGCAUCGAGAUGUGUAAAACUGCCUUAAAGGAUAAGCAGUCAGGUCCAGUAUAUGCUGAGAUGAUUGAGAACCUGCUGCUUCCAGUGCUGCAGAACAAAGCAUGCAACCUGGUGCGCUAUGAUGUCAUCCACGCCCUGCCCAGUACCGCCAACUCUCUUAUCGGCAGGGCUGCCCACAUAGCUGUGCUUGACUCUGAGAUCUUCCUGGAGAAAUUCUUCCUGGUCGCAGCCCUUAAAUAUUUUCAGUAGCUGGAGGGUGAGCACAGCUAUUACCUCAUCACAUCCAAACAAUAAAUAGUCCAGUUUCUUUUAGUUUUAAAGAUAUUUAUACUUUUAUAUGG